AUGCAUCAACCCACGGUUUAUGUCUUAUUUGCUUUGAUUUUGGCGCUUGGCGAGCACGUGGCAAGGGCUACUCCGGUGAUUGCCAGUGGAAAAGGUGGCGAAAUAGUGCGCAGGGCUCGACACAUUGGCGGAUUCGGAGGGGGUGGAAUCGUAGGCGGUGGCAUAGUGGGUGGCGGCAUUGUUAGUGCGCCAGCCAUACAUUCUGUCCCUGUCGUCUCCAGUGUUCCAGUUAUAACAAGUGUGCCGGUGCUAACGACAAUAUCUACGGUACAAACGGUUCCCACCUACGCCGGCGGAUACGGUUAUAAUGGCUAUGGCCUGAAGAGUGGUGGCUUUGGCGGUUUCGGUGGCUUUGGCGGCGGCUCUUUGCUUGGGGGCGGCAUUGGAUUUGCUAAGUUCCAAGCAAAAGGCUUUGGCAUCGGCGGUGGUUUUUUCGGCUAA